AUGGUCUACAUCAAGCAAGCUGUCGUCUUAGCCGCGGCGUCUUUGUCGUCUGUUACCCAAGCAGUUGCUGUUCGCGACUACUCCGGUCUCGACCAACACGUCGGUAGAGAUGCACCCCUACCUUCAGUUCCGGCAGUACCUGAGAACCGUCGUGUCAAGCGACAAGUCGCUGGUGGCUUCAUUGCUUCUUCCCCCACUAACAACUGUGGACAAGCAACUGCCUUCAACCUCAACAGCUUUGGCCAGCUAGAAGCCAAUGGCUUAAUCAUUUCGACGAACCCCGGCACCCCAUUCAUACCUCUUCGACCCACGGUUCCGCAAGGAAGCAUCACAGUCACCUUCAGCCUCACCGACGGUGCUCUCACAUGGUCCAAUCCUGCCUUUUUUGGUGGCAGGGCCGGAUUCUGCCAGGACACCGCAGGGCAAGUCUGGGCCACAUUCGCCGACCCAGCGGUCGCUUAUCCCGCCAACUGCGUCCCCGUAAGGUUGGGCCCAGUCGUAGCUUCAUCUUGUCCGAGCGGUCCCAGCAGUUCCAGCAGCACCGGACCCAUCACGAGAACCCCGACGGGGAUCCCGGGCACGAUCCCGACCCCUACCCCAGCCGUUGUAAACGGCACGCUUACACUCCGCCCAGGUCUCUACACAGAGGCAAACUUCAUGACUCCGGCGGGUGCAAUGUGCAGAAUUGUCACCGAAUCAUGGGUAUUCGGAGACACGACGUUACUUCCUCCUCGGACAAGGACGGUGUAA